AUGAGCGUAUCUGGACAGAACAGGUCCCUGCUUGGCCUCAAGUUUCCUCUAGAAAAGAACACUUGAGCCCUGUUUCCCCCAUCCCCAGCCCACUGGCCCUCUGCCUUCCUACGCUCCACUGGGAGCAGAGGAAGACCUGCCUUUGCUGAAAAGGCUGCUGGCCCCGAGAGAUAAUCGGGACCUUCACCCACCUCUUUACCCCUAAGGGUUUUCCUCACCUACAAGCAAGGAAAACACACCAUCAGGCUCCUCCAAACGCAAAUGGUCCAGGGCGGGCACAGACAGAGGCUCAGUGCAGCUUGUUCUUGGCCUGUAACAAUGCACUGCUCCAUGCAGGACCUGAGAAGAAAACACAGAAUGUUCCCAGAAGGCCCCCAGUCAGAACACAGGUAGCCAUGAGGAGAAGAGUCUACCCUUGUGCCCAGGGCAAGCCUAAUUCAGUCAUGAAAAUUAGAUCUGUUUUUGUGAACACUCGCUCUGUGCCAGGGAAUCCCCUAGAAAUUUUUACAUAAAUUCUCUCCUUUUAUCCUCACAACUCUCUAAGAAGGUGGUAGUACCCGAUUUUACAGAUGAGACUCAGAGAGGUCUGGAAACAGAGCAGCUCUGUUCCCACCCAGGCUGCCUACCAAUGAAGCUUAGGCAGGGCCUCACCAUCCUGCUUCUCCCAGGGAUGUCUGACCUCAUCCUCGACCAAACAGGAGCCCAGGGCAGCCAAGAGAGGCCAGGGGUCACUGUGCCUGGAACACAGAGGCCUGGCCACACACAGCAGACAGCUGACACCAGCUAGCUGGCAGUUGUGGGGUCAGGCUCUGCAACCUGGAACCACCACUCCCUUGGCCCUGCUGCCCCGGGUAAUCAGGAGCCUGAAGCUCUCAUCUCCACCCACGGGACCAGUCUGUGGGCUCAUGAGAACACCUCACCAUGGGACAGCCAGACUUGUACCUUGUCUGGAGCCAGCCCCAGCUUCCUACUCCCCAUUCUGCAGCGAAUGCUGAUGGGGGCAGGGAGUAGGGUGGACAAGGAGCCAUGGGGAAGCACAGCCAGGGAAAAUCAGGAUUGUUCUCUUUGCGGAAGAAGCCCCCAGGUCCCUAUGCCAUGGUGGUAGAAACCUGGCAGCGAUGCCCUCUGCCCAUGGGGCUACUUCACCGUGUACCUGGACUUGGAACCAUCACAGACUUCGGAACCAACAGGAAUCUGGGAGUGACUGCAGGCUGAACUACAGUGGACUUUCAGACGCACAGCAGGCUGGUGGAGCACACACAGGCCUGGUUCCCUCCAGGCCACCAGCAGAACGGUGGAGGUCUUCACUGACUCCCUGCCCACUUCUCCCAGGACAAUGUCCUGUUGGCUUCACAGUCCCUGAAGCCAGAGCUGGUGGGGGCAGGGAGGCAGCCACCUGCCUCUAUAUGCAGUAGGGGAGGGGGUGUCCAGGGAGGGCUGCACGACCCUGAGAGCCACAGGUCACCAGACCUCAGGGCUGCAAAUACUCUCCCCUACCUCACCUGUCUGGACUUUUCUCCCACUUCAGGGUUUUUCUGGGCUUCCAUCUUGCCCCUGCUGAGCCCUGCUACGUCCUCUACCAGGGGCACAACCCCCAGUCUGAGUUCAGAGGCCUCAUGUGGUCACUCAGUCCCUCAGCAGACAGGGAGGGUGCAGGGUUUCCCCUUGGCCCGCAAACAGGAACACAGGGUGUUUCUCAGUGGCUGUGAGAAUGCUGAUGAAAACCCCAGGAUGUUGUGUCACUGUGGUGGCCAGCUGACAGUGACAAUCAUCCCUGUUUGCCCUGAGCACUCCUGCAGGGGUAGAAGACUCCAGAGCCUCUCAGGUCUGUGGCCCAUGCAGCCCAUGGAGCUUCAUAACCUGAGCUCUCCCUCUCCCUCUCUCUCCUCCUUGGUUCUCCUUCCCUCCUUCCCUCCCUCACCCUCCUCUUCUUCCUCUGCCUUUACCACUGUGGGGGGGUCCUCUAGAGAGACCUGCCACCCCACCUCUUCCCCAAUGGUGUCUGCCUUCCUGGCACCGAUCCUGGCCCUGGAGUUUGUCCUGGGCCUGGUGGGGAACAGCUUGGCCCUCUUCAUCUUCUGCGUCCGCAUUCGUCCCUGGACCUCCAACACGGUGUUCUUGGUCAGCCUGGUGGCCGCUGACUUCCUCCUGAUCAGCAACCUGCCCCUCCGAGUGGACUACUACCUCCUCCGUGAGAUCUGGCGCUUUGGGGCCACUGCCUGCAAAGUCAACCUCUUCAUGCUGUCCACCAACCGCACGGCCAGUGUCGUCUUCCUCACGGCCAUCGCGCUCAACCGCUACCUGAAGGUGGUGAAGCCCCACCACGUGCUGAGCCGGGCUUCCGUGGGGGCAGCUGCCCGGGUGGCCGGGGGACUCUGGGUGGGCAUCCUGCUCCUCAAUGGGCACCUGCUCCUGAGCACCUUCUCAGGCCCCUCCUGCCUGAGCUACAGGUUGGGCACAAAGCCCUCAGCCUCGCUCCGCUGGCACCAGGCGCUGUACCUGCUGGAGUUCUUCCUGCCCCUGAUACUCAUCCUGUUCGCCAUUGUGAGCAUUGGGCUUACCAUCCGGCGCCGUGGCCUGGACGAGCAGGCGGGCCCACAGAGGGCCAUGCGUGUGCUGGCCAUGGUGGUGGCUGUCUACACCAUCUGCUUCCUGCCCAGCAUCAUCUUUGGCACAGCUUCCAUGGUGGCCUUCUGGCUGUCCACCUGCCACUCCCUGGACCUCUGCUCACGGCUCUUCCAUGGCUCCCUGGCCUUCACCUACCUCAACAGCGUCCUGGACCCUGUGCUCUACUGCUUCUCCAGCCCCAGCUUCCUCCACCAGAGCCGGGCCUUGCUGGGUCUCACUCGGGGGCAGCAGGACCCCAUCAGCGAUGAGAGCUCCUACCAACCCUCCAGGCGGUGGCGUUGCCAGGAGGCCUCUAGGAAGGCAGGUGCCACAGGGAAUCUGGAAGUACAGGCCGAGGUGUCUCUGGAAAAGGAAGGCUGCUCCCAGGGCUGAGGGCCAGCUGCAGGGCUGCAGUGCUGCAGAGGUAAGGGCUGCUGUGCUCUGGCCUGGAGGGACAAGGCCAACACAUGGUGCCUCAGCCAACCAGAAAAGGGAUGGCGGCAGACUUGGGGCCAGGCUGAAGCACUGGCAGGACUCAGGAGAGUGGCAGGGAGAGAAAGCUGCCUUGGCCUCUCAGUGUGUCCAGAAUGGUGUUCCCAGGAUGCAGGGAAGAACAGAAUGCAGGUGGAGACAGGCAGGGCGCUGUGGUCACGCCAGCUCAGACAGCGGCCUGCACAGCUGCAGGGGCCAGAGGCCAAUCACUGUCACAGCAGAGUCGCCUUAGAAAUUGGACAGCUGCAUGUUCUGUGCUCUCGUUUGUCCCUUCUGAUAUUAAUAAACUUCCCUUUUAAAUAUAUUUAUUUCUAAGACCAAA